UUUGUGGGACUGUUCCGGUGUGACGUGGUGUAAGAAAGAGGAACUAGACAGUCCGAACAAGCUACCACGCCCUAAAGGCAUCGUGGGUCACAGACUGUUAGUAGAACAAAUAGCAAAUGCUACCCCGUUGCACAAGUGCUCGACGAAAAGCACAUACAAAAUAGUCUCUGGAAAUCUGAUUUGUUUAUAUUCGUUUUUAGUAAUGUUAAUGAAUAAUGUUAUUCGCGAAUUGUUUUAAAACGUAAUAGUAGAGUGAUAAUAAUAAACUGAACAACUAACACGUGUACCUGUAUCCUGAAGAACUCAAGUGUUAAAGGCAGCCGUUAACGUAAACGUCACUCAAUUUCAUCAAUCAAACGUGCGGAAAAUGGUGUAUUAAAGUGCAUUCAGACUGUAAACACUGUGCACUAGUGACAAUGUGAUGUGUUAAGUUCGAUUCCCUGAUGGUUGUGAUUUAAGGCCAAGAUGGUGAUCCUGAUGCAGAUACUACGCUGGAUUCCAAUCUGCACAAUGCUUGUGAUGAUACAAGAAUGGCACCGGACGCUAGCGCUGCGAUUGACAAACAUGAACGUCCCGGAGGUGGUUGACUAUCGUGAUACGAUAACACUGUCCUGCAGCUACGAUCUCGGCGCCCACCAAUUAAACUCCGUCAAAUGGUACAAGGGCAAUAAGGAGUUUUACAGGUACGCUCCAAUGCUGUUUCCAAAGGUGACGACCUAUCCGGUAGAAGGUAUCGUCAUUGCAACCGAUCGGCCAACAAUCUGCAACCAAUAUCUUUGCUCGAUCCGGUUAACCGAGCUGCAGCGUUCCUCGAGUGGUGAGUUCCGGUGCGAAAUAUCAGGUGACGCACCGGAGUUCAAGCUGGCAAACGGGACGCGUAACAUGACGGUUGAGGUGUUACCCCAGGACGAUCCCACCAUCAGCGGGCUGAGUGCCAGCUAUUUACCGAACGAGCUCAUCGUCGCCAACUGUACCUCCGAUCGGUCCAGUCUCGCCACUCGGCUCCUGUGGUUCAUCAACGGCCGCACAGUUCCGAUGGAGUACUUACAGCAACAGCAGGAGACAACGCUCGAGAGCGAUGGCUUUUACCUGCGUUACCGCACGCUAGAAAUGCGUGUACCAGUAGAUAAGCUCGUGCAGCGCGAAUUAGACAACGUAAUCCAUAUCAAGUGCAUGGCCUCGGUGGACGCGAUACCGUCGGUUGGAAGGGAAGCGAAGGCGGUGGUGGCACUACGCAGCCAUCGUUCGUCGUUGUUUGGCUUCGGUGGCCAUAGCCGGGCUGCUGGCAGAAGCAGCAUCGUACCGAGGCUGGCUCUUAGCACCAAUUUGAAUGACGCUCAAACUCUUCUUCUUCUCACAUCAAUUGCUAUCGCUAGUUGGCGAUGGUACAGCGGGCAGGAUCAUCGAUUCCUUCUAGACAACCGACCCUGAAGCAAAACCACCCAGUAUCGGUUUCAGCUGUGCAACAGCAAUUCGAAAAGAAAACACAAAAAAUAGUCGAAAAAAACGUACUACUCACUAGUUCAGCUGGUUUUUAAAGCAAUCCAGUAACAUUUCUAUCGGCAGUGAUCUGUUUAGAAUGGCGGUUCCUGAGAGGCAUCAGUAAUUGAAAAAAAGAUCAUUAAAGAACAUUUUCGUUUAAGCCAUUAAAAACACACAUUUCGUUCACACCAAGGCUUUGGUUUUUUCCCCAUAUGUUCCCCCCUCAAACUUUAAGCUUUUAAGGCUAGGCUAAUAUACAAACUAAUUGAACAAAUACAAAAAAUUUAAAAUUGAACAAACCGAUUGAUGCAUACAAGAAUGCUUCCCAUAAGUUUUCAACAACAAAAAAAAUAAACAUUUUAUUUCUCCCUUCUUUAUAAUUUUCAUAACAGUUGAAAGUGAUGAAAAACUUAAGCCAAACAAAAAAAAAAUGAACAAAAAAAAAUUACCCAGCUUCACGUGCUAUCAAUACACACAUAAAAAUUACACACUUGUGUACUAUCAAAAAAAGGGAAAUGGUCUCAGUGAUCAAAACAAACAACCCUUUGGGUAAAGUUUAGGCAGCAAACAUGAAACACAUUUUGUGUACUGAUUUCAAAACCUUUUUUUUUGCAAACAUAAAAGCAGAACAGAAUAAUAAAAAAAAAACAAAAAUAUGAAGCGUAACUUUGAAUCGGUGAUAGAUGCAUGGGGAAGAAACAGUGAGCAAAAACAUGGCAAAAAAAGGGAAAGGCACGCGAAGCAAAAUGCAAACUUAGGUUUAGAAGAAGGAUUUGUAAAUAUUGAAGUUCAGCAAAAAGGGAAAUUAAUAAACAACGCAAUCCGACACUCAUUUACACACCCUUAUAAAGGAGAUAUAGCUGACACACACACACACACACACACAGACACACACACACGAAAUUACAGAAGAUGGCAAGCGGCAAUGAGUCGUGGCAAAAUUCGCAGCGAAAGUAAAACAUUAAGUAAAAGUAAACGUUUUCAGGCAAAGAUAUGGCAAUUACAUUAUCACGCACACACACACAUACACACACAGAUACAAUCACACAUUUGCAUGAAGGAACGCAUGUAACAAUUUGCGUAGAUGAAGAGGAAGAUGAAAAAAGAAAUGGAACAGUUUGAAAAAGAAACGAGAAAGAAGGCAAAAACAAAUAAAAUAAAGUGAAAACAUGAAAAAGCUGAAA